AUGGAGAGCUCUGAAAUGCGCUGCCUGGGAAAAGUGGCACAGAAAGGACGGAGUCCCAGAGGGCCGGACGCAAACCUGGAGGUGAGGCCUGAAGAAAGCUGGAACCGCGAUGACCCUGUGCGCCGCAGAGAGGCGGACUCCAGUCCUGGGAAUCCCGCCGUCAACACAGAGGAGGGGGAUCGCGGGCCCCACGUCUGCCGUGUAUGUGGGGACAAGGCCACUGGCUAUCACUUCAAUGUCUUGACGUGUGAAGGAUGCAAGGGCUUCUUCAGGAGGGUCAUGAAACGCAACGCCCGGCUAAGGUGUCCCUUCCGGAAGGGCACCUGUGAGAUCACCCAGAAGACCCGGCGACAUUGCCAGGCCUGCCGCUUGCGCAAGUGCCUGGAAAGCGGCAUGAAGAAGGAGAUGAUCAUGUCUGACGCAGCCGUGGAGCAGAGACGGGCCUUGAUCAGGAGGAAGAAGCGAGAACGGACCGGGACGCAGCCCCCCGCAGCCAGCGGUCUGACUGAGGAGCAGCAGAUGAUGAUCUGGGAGCUGAUGGACGCGCAGAUGAAAACCUUCGACAUCACCUUCUCCCAUUUCAAGGAUUUCCGGCUGCCCGAGGUGCUCAGCAGUGGCCAGAAGGUCCCAGAGUCCCCACAGACUGUGUCAGGGGAAGAAGCUAUCAAGUGGAGCCAGGUCAGAGAAGACCUGUACUCACUGAAGGUCAUGUCUCUGCAGCUGCGGGGGGAGGACGGCAGUGUCUGGAACUACAAACCCCCAGCCGAAGGCAGUGGGAAAGAAAUCUUUUCCCUGCUGCCCCACAUGGCUGACAUGUCAACCUACAUGUUCAGAGGCAUCAUCAACUUUGCCAAAGUCAUCUCCCACUUCAGGGACCUGCUCAUCGAGGACCAGAUCUCCCUGUUGAAGGGGGCCGCCUUUGAGCUGUGCCAACUGAGGUUCAACACAGUGUUCAACGCAGAGACAGGGACCUGGGAGUGUGGCCGGCUGUCCUACUGCUUGGAAGACCCUGCAGGCGGCUUCCAGCAGCUUCUGCUGGAGCCUGUGCUGAAAUUCCACUACAUGCUGAAGAAGCUGCAGCUGCGUAAGGAGGAGUACGUGCUGAUGCAGGCCAUCUCCCUUUUCUCCCCAGACCGCCCAGGUGUGGUGCAGCGCAGCAUAGUGGACCAGCUGCAGGAGCGAUUUGCUGUUGCCUUGAAGGCCUACAUCGAGCACUGUCGCCCCCAGCCUGGCCACCGGUUCCUGUUCCUGAAGAUCAUGGCGAUGCUCACCGAACUUCGCAGCAUCAACGCCCAGCACACCCAGCGGCUGCUGCGCAUCCACGACAUACACCCCUUCGCGACGCCCCUCAUGCGGGAGCUGUUCAGCAUCUCCGACGGCUGA